UCAUUUCUUACUCUUUUCCUUUCUGGUAAUUCUAGCCCCGGGCGAUCUAAAGCCGCAAAGGUGCCCUUUGCCUGCUCCCAGAUGGCAAAGUUGCGGAGCCGGGAUCAGGCUGUGUCAGAAAUUCCGCCUUGGCCGCGUUAGAGCCCCGUGUCCGCGGCGGCGGGCCCGCGCUAGCAGGAUUUAUGAAUGGCCGGCGGCAAGUGCGAGCAGGGUCCCCGGGUGCUCCGCCAGCGUGUGGCUCAGGAGCGGCGCUCGGGGCUGGCACUGCAGCCCGGUCCCGGGUCCCCGCCGAGCAGGGAGGGUGCCGAGCUGGCGCCCACCCCGCGGGGAGGGGAGAGCCGAGCACUCCCCCUGCGGCAGGGGCACCGGCAGAGCGCCCCGUGAGCACCGACAGCGGCUCUGUUCGGGAGGAGGCUCGGGGAAACGGGACCUGUAGAAGCAGACCAGAUCUGGCAGAUAGUGAAUAUGAGGACUUUGCUGACUUCAGAAAGCUGACAGAAGCCAACAGACUUCAGUGAAAUACACCUCCAAGCACAGAGACUUUUGGUAGCUUUAAAGAAACCUGUGCGUCAUUUGCUAAGACAUGGCUACUGGUUCUUUCAGCACACAUGGAGGAAGGCAACAAACAUUGUAACCCUGGCUAAUCAGACUGUGUUUUCCUUAUCAGAAGUAGGAGGCAGGCCAAUUAUAAAAGGAUUAUUUUAUGCUUAGCCUGCAAGACUUUAACUCUGGCCUGAACACUGGACAUAAAUAGAAGCCAAUUUUAAUGACCUGAGAUUUUGUUACCUGUGCGUUAUUAUUGUUAUCAGUUCUUAAACACUUUGGUACUUUAUUUCUUUAAAUUAGAAAUGGGUUUGUGGACUAAAAUGUGGCCCACAGAUUGGGCUCUUCUCAUGAAAUCAUGGCUUAUCUUUUCCCUGGGGCUCUACAUGCAGGUCUCCAAAACUCUGGCCUGCCCAAAAGUUUGCCGCUGUGACCGAAACUUUGUCUACUGUAAUGAACGAAGCUUGACCUCAGUGCCUCUUGGGAUACCGGAGGGUGUAACCGUCCUCUACCUCCAUAAUAACCAAAUUAAUAAUGCUGGAUUUCCUGCAGAGUUGCACAAUGUCCAGUCUGUGCACACAGUCUACCUGUAUGGCAAUCAAUUGGAUGAAUUCCCCAUGAACCUGCCCAAGAAUGUCAGGGUUCUCCACCUGCAGGAAAACAACAUUCAGACCAUUUCACGUGCUGCUCUUGCUCAGCUUUUGAAGCUGGAAGAACUGCACCUGGAUGACAACUCCAUCUCCACUGUUGGCGUUGAGGAUGGGGCAUUCCAGGAAGCCAUCAGCCUCAAGCUUCUGUUCUUGUCCAAGAAUCACUUAAGCAGUGUGCCAGUAGGCCUUCCGCUGGACUUACAAGAACUUCGCGUAGACGAAAACCGAAUUGCCGUCAUUUCAGACCUGGCCUUCCAGAAUCUUACAAGUCUGGAGCGUCUUAUCUUGGAUGGCAAUCUCCUCACUAAUAAAGGCAUAGCUGAAGGCACUUUUAGCCACCUCUCCAAGCUCAAGGAAUUCUCAAUAGUUCGGAAUUCACUGACUCACCCUCCUCCCGAUCUUCCAGGUACACAUCUGCUAAGACUUUACUUGCAGGACAACCAGAUUACCCAUAUACCACUCACAGCCUUUUCAAACCUCCACAAACUGGAACGUCUUGAUAUUUCCAACAAUCAACUUCGGAUGUUGGCAAAGGGAGUAUUUGAUAAUCUCCAUAGCCUGAGACAACUCACUGUAAGGAAUAAUCCCUGGUUGUGUGACUGCAGCAUUAAGUGGGUCACUGAAUGGCUCAAGUUUAUUCCUUCUUCCAUCAAUGUACGUGGUUUUAUGUGCCAGGGACCAGAGCAGGUCCGAGGUAUGGCAGUCAGGGAGCUCAAUAUGAAUAUGUUGUCAUGCCCCACCACCACCCCUGGUCUGCCACCUAUCAUCACCCCAGUCCCAGCUACAACCAUGCCAACUACAUUAGUUCCCAGCCCAUCAUUUCCUCCCUCGAGUAGUAAAUAUAUUCCUCUCACUCCCAUCAUAGCCACACUCCCCACUGUGCCUGACAGGGAGGACAGAGAAAGGGUGACACCUCCUUUGUCUGAUUGGAUUCAGCUUUCCAUCCACUUUGUGAAUGACACUUGCAUCCAAGUCAACUGGAUGUCACUUUUUACCGUGAUGGCAUAUAAACUCACAUGGGUUAAAAUGGGCCAUAGUCUGGUAGGAGGAAUUGUUCAUGAACGAAUAAUUAGUGGUGAGAAGCAGCAAUCAAGCUUGGUAAAUCUGGAGCCCAAAUCCACUUACCGGAUUUGUUUGGUUCCACUGGAUACUUAUAACAACUACCGGACUGGAGAAGAAACUGUCUGUUCAGAAGCCACAACCAAGGCUUCCUUUUUCAAUGGCAGCAACAUCCCUUCCAGCCAUGAGCAGACGACUUCUCAGAACCUAGGCUCCCCAUUUCUGCUGGCAGGGUUGAUUGGGGGUGCAGUGAUAUUUGUCCUGGUGGUCUUGCUCAGCAUUUUUUGCUGGCACAUGCACAAAAAAGGUCGUUACACCUCCCAGAAGUGGAAAUAUAACCGGGGACGUCGGAAAGACGACUACUGUGAGGCAGGGACCAAGAAGGACAACUCCAUCCUGGAGAUGACGGAAACCAGCUUCCAGAUUGUCUCCUUAAAUAACGAUCAGCUCCUUAAAGGAGAUUUCAGACUGCAGCCCAUUUAUACCCCAAACGGGGGCAUUAACUACACAGACUGCCACAUCCCCAACAACAUGCGAUACUGCAACAGCAACGUCUCAGACCUGGAGCACUGUCAUACGUGAUAGUGAGGGACCAUGGGGGUCUCUAGGACAAGGAGAAAGAACUCUAGAAAAAAUAAGCCCCCCAGGAAUAAUGAAAAAAUUACAUUUGAUAAAUGUUACACAGAUGCAUUUAUGCAUUUGAAUACUCUGUAAUUUAUACGGUGUACUAUAUAAUGGGAUUUAAAAAAAGUGCUAUCUUUUCUAUUUCAAGUUAAUUGCAAAUGGUUUUGUAACUCUUUGCUUUUUAAAUCUUUAAAAACUAUUGCUGAGUACUGUACAGGGUUGUACAAUAAGAACCCAAUGUCAUGGCAAAGGAAAGAAUGACUCAUUCUUCAAACAUUAACCACUUUGCUGUCGAAGCAGUCUGAGUGAGGGAUGUUAAGUUUCUAGGUGGCCUGGAAUACAGGAAAAUAAGUGCAUAUUAAAACAGGGUCGCUAGGAACAGAUAAAAGCAAUUCAGAUAAAAUGGGCACACCCCUUCUGACUUGAACCCAGCAGUUGCUGUUGAGCUUCAAACAAUUGGAAAUAUAUCCCUUCCUCUUUGUCAGGUCUGCACUUCUCACCUCCAACCGAAAGCUGGAGUUCUGAGUGCUGCCAAAAAAGCUACUUUCUUGUUUGAUUAGUUUCUUUCAAUCUAUUUGGAAUAGGAAACGUGGAAAGAAGUCAGUGUCAAACUCAAAGUGACCUUGAUUCCUGUUUGUAAAAGUUGCCCCAAAAAUGUCCCCAAUACUAUAUACUUUAUCUCAGAAACUGUUUGCGCUUUUCAGUAGGAUUAAGAAGCUUUAGGCAUUCUCUGACCCUUCUCAGUGGGAGGUGAAGGUUAUGUAACAGUACAUAACAGAGAGCUGUCAUUAAGUUGCACCUCUCAACAGAGCAUCAUUUGUUGACAGAGCAUGUUCAGGUAAGGCCAGAAUGAGGGAAAUUCUGAGUGCUCCCAGCUCUGCAGUAUUCAUGUAUGUGUUCAUGUAAUUUGAAAUCUAAAAGUGCAUAUUGCUGAAAAUGUGGUGCAAAAUAUAAUGGCAAUGCAAA